AUGGGGAGAUCGUCGCCUCCAUUCCUUUAUGAGCGUCCAUCCGCCUACAGUUUCAAAGGCCCGACUGAUCGCGGCUUCAAUCCGAAGGCCGUGACAGAGGCGAGCUGGGUUCGUCCCGCAGAAAGACCGCAGCAAAAAGGACCAUUGGUGGUUCUCAAUCGCCACCCGGACACAUGGGGUUCCUUCAACACGGCCAGCUCAUUCACACCGAUGAGCGAUAAGACAAAAGACAGGGUCAAGUAUUCACGGGCAACCCAGCUCGCACUUCGUGUUAUUACACUUCUGGGGGCUCUCGGGUCUCUGUUCUGCUCUAUUGUUAUCAAGGGAGCUGCAGUCACCGUGAUCUGGAUCAUCCGCGCCGGGCCAAUUGUUGCAAUUCUUCAUACUAUUUAUGGCCUCUAUCACAAUUCCAAGAAUGCUCUUGCCCGGCCUCCAGGCUCUCAAGCCAGCUAUGGGCUAUUCGCUUCGACCCUCGACCUCGGCCUCAUCGCAUUCUACGUGUUCACCGCGUUUAUGGCCUAUGGCCAGUGGACCUCCAACGCAUACAAUUGGGACACUCUCUUCAACGACAGCGAAAUGACGGUCAAGCUAUCUGAAACUACUUUCAUCUUGGCUCUCGCAAAUGGCGGAUUGCACCUCAUCUCUCUUGCCAUAUCGAUUUGGUUAGCUCUCACGUUCAGGCAGAUUUCCCGUCUGCCGCCUGACAUGAAUCCGCUGGAAGACAACCUCACUGCACGGCCUCGCAAGAACCGCAAGCAGGAUAAGAUGGAUGAGAAACAUCUCAGUCAAUCAACUAUGAAUUCGACUUUCGAAGAUCCGCUCAUCGGCUCUCCUCGUAGUGUACCAUUCAUGCACACACGGGAACAGUCUCUUGGUAACGAUGAUACUUACGACUCAAUGGAUAUAAUGGAUGACCCGCGGCUCUCACAUCCUUCCUUUUAUCAGCAUCGCCUAUCCCAGAUGCAGUCUCACGAUCCCUCUAGCCCGGAAACGAUCUUCCAUCAACCUGCUACCCAGCCCUAUGACCUCACAGAAACAUCUGCUCUGGAAUAUCGCAAUGUUGCCUCGCAUGCCCCUGAGAUCAUCAAUGCCACUGCUCAGAUGCGCCAUCUCUCAUCACGCACCGCUGAUCGAUCCGACACCGUGAGCCCCAUGUCCGACAAUUGGGUGGCCUACUCUGAGCGAUCUCUAUCUCCAAUGGUUGAGGAGCAGAACGCAAAUGGAACCACUCUCCGCCAGUCUUCCUCUGUUUACAGCCGAAACACCAACAGGACUACCCCUUCCGCAGGUAGUGGCAUUCGCGACUGGUUUGCUUAUGGUUCCAAGCCCGAGCCGAGGGUUGCGACUGCCAUUCCAGAAGACAUCCGUGGUGAAUAUUCAUCGCUUGCCAUGCAUGAAUACUAUGGCCUUGACGAUAACCAACGUGAGCAAGACGUGGGCGACCAGCGCAUGGACAUCUUCCCCGACCCAGCGGAGCACAACGAUGACCUCGACGAGCGUGACGGCUACCUCCCAUUCAACCCACUCAUGCUCAAUCCUCCAACCCCACAACCUAUCCUGACCGCGCAGCCCGAGAACACUGAUCCGGUGCGACGAAUCGCUCUGAGUGAUAACCCAAACCUAUCAUACAACGAAAAGGCACAGCCGAUUUCCGUCCCACAUGAGAGUUCCGCACCCAGUUCACCCAAGAGCCAAUUCUAUGGAGAAUUAGACGUAGAUGACAAGCCCGCGCUGGACAUCACUCACGACUCAAACGUCCCACUAACCCGCAAACCCACCAAGCUCACAAAGAAGCGCAACAAGAUGUCUGCAUAUGAAGCACUCAAGAAAAACGACAGCGACGACGAAGGACACCUCUCAGCCAGACCUGCUGUUUCCCCUCGUGCAACCGAGAGUGACCGCAAGGGCCGCGUCGUAAGCAACACCGGUGCAGACACCGCCCGAGGCCUUGCAGCCGGAGUCGGAGCUUCUCUCUCUUCAUACGGAAGCUACAUCGCCGGCCUGGGUGUCGGCCGCCGCCGUGAUGUGAGCGGCAAGGUUGCCGAAGAAGGUCGUAGCGAGAAAGUCGAGACGACCAACCAGAGUACCGAACGACAGACUCCCGGCUCUUCGCCUGUGCGGGCGGCGGGAUGGGCGAGGUUCGCUGGGCUUUAG